CUAUUAUCUAUCCAUAAGCUCAAUGAGAAGAGCUUGAGGCAGCAGAGCUCUGAGAACAGGCCAGUGUUGUGAGGAACAAUAAAGCAGGAGUUUAUUGUAUUCUGUAACUUAGUAACAGUCUUUUACUUCUGAGCCACACACAACUGACAACCCAGACAGAGUAAUGUCAUACAGUUAGACAACUUCACUAACUGCAAUGGUAUCAGAUGAUCAGGUUGUAACGCUGAUAUAAAAUGUUACCGUCAAUCUCUGGUGGACAUCGAGCUGUUUCCAAUAAACAGGCAGGAGAUAAGAGAAGGAGGACACCGGCUGGUCCAGAGCAAAACCCAAACCACGAUGAAGACCAGGAGGCAAAAGCCAGGCUACGAGCUCAGCAAGAACAGCGCCAUCUACAGACCUACUGGAGCAUGCACCGCUUCAGGGAUCACCUCCACCGCCGCUGCUGCUCCCUGCUCACUGACAAGGUCCAUUCACAAAGACUGCAACAGCAAGAGCGACUUAGAGCGCCCCCUAGCCCCUAGCGAUGGAGUCAAGCAGAAAAAACACAAGACAGUCUUCUGCAAACUGAAGCACAAUGACCUGUACCUCAAAGAUAUUCCCAAAUCAAGUUACUAUCUGAUCUUUGAGCUUCAAAAUGAGUUGGUCCAACAUGGGCAUCUGCAAACUCACCACAAGUUGGAGGAUUUUUACAAAAGUAUUCAAUAUAACAGAUGUCCUUCAAAACUACAGAGAAGUCUAGUAGACAUCAAGAUGAAAAUGCUGGACAAGAGACCUGCAAUUACUGUAACAGCAGCGAGUGGAUCAUCACAGCUCUGCACUGAAGAGACAGACACUGCAUCCGACUCAAGGUUGGCAGAGAGAGGAUCUGAAUCAGGCCAGUGUGUGUCAGAAGAGGCCUUUGGUGGCAGUUUGAAAAAGGAUGAAUUUGAGCAAAUGUUUCCUAAGGUUAGUGUCAAAACCACAGCAGCAGUAAUCCCAUUUAACAAGAGAGUCUAUACACCUGGAGCUCUGACCCAUCAGUUACCCACAAACCAACACAUGGUGUUUUAUGAGUCUUCCAUGCCAACACAAAUGAAAAUGCCCACAUUUUUAACUCUUCAGCCAAACUUUAUGAGGAGCUUUGAGUGCACACUGCCACAAUCGAUAUCUCUUGAAAUUCCCAAGAAAAGCAGAAAGACUGACAUGUACUUGAAGCAAAUAAAGGAUAUGUACAAACUCUGUUUGACGAAUAUGAAGUUUUCACAAAGUUUUAAACUGUUGGACCAAACGAUAGACUCAGAAUCUUGGCUAAUGAAGGAAAACCAAAAGAUCCCAGAUUUGACAUUUCCAGAUAUUGACUCACAUAAGAAGUCAACACAAUCACCCACUUUCAGUCAACAACUAAGUGUUCACAGCAACCCACCUCCAUCUGCACAAGACAAGUUUGAUCAAGUGGAGGAUAAUGUUCAGUCUUUGGAAUCAAAACUUUUGUACAAUGUGAAACUCCACAGUGCGUCACCUGUGCCAUUAUGUAUGGAAGAUGUGUAUGAACAGAAACAUGUGAAGGUCAUUGGCUGCGGAUUGAAGUUAUGGAAAAACUACACUGUAGUGUCAGAAUAAUUAAGACACAUAAAGUCAAUGUAUUUCAAACAGGUUCAUGCAAUAAACUCGGACUUUAUUCAAAACGGACUCAUCCUGUUGACAGCACCCCCC